ACCUAACCUAACCUAGUGAUGCUGAGGACUUUGUUAAGAGGACCCUGAUAACAGUAUACCUGUCUGUACCUGUUGAAGCCUUGGUAAUGUGAUAAGGGAGACGGUUUGUACUGUACGUGUGGAGUAGAGAGGGAAGUAAAGGAGUGGGAAGAGUGGAGUAGAGAGGGAAGUAAAGGAGUGGGAAGAGUGGAGUAGAGAGGGAAGUAAAGGAGUGGGAAGUGACCGCCUUAUAUAAGUGUCUGGGUGUGGGAGGCGUUAACUUCCUCGCCAGACGCAGAAGCUACCAUCGAGAAGAAGUUAUCACGCCAGGGGGUGUGUGGAGGUCUUCAACUUGUAGAGGAGACGUUGACUACAGGAGGAGGUGACGGGCUUCAUCCCUCGACACAGGAAGACCUCUGACAGACAGGUCAGUUACGGGAGUCUCACCCUUCAGCCCCCCGAGGUGUUACCUGCAGGCUCCCCUAAACACAUCCUCAGGACUUCUAGCAAUCUGAUUCGACCGUCGGUGUGUGAGGUGACCAUGGCGUGGAGAGGCGGUAAUGGCGGCGGCGGUUGUAGCUGUAGUGACCUGAGCAGCUCCCGCAGCAGUAGUCGGCGGGGCCUCCUCGCCGACAGUGGCUCCGAGCCGUCCACGCCCACACACCGGGUCGUCACCUUCGUCAACAACACCUCCACGAGCUUCGAGUCACCCACCCCGUCACACAGAGCUGUCACCUCCCUGCAGGGGCUGACGGAGAGCCGCCGCCCGUCCUCCAACAACUUCACCGCCAUCACGGCCUUCGGCAAGAAGACGUCCCUGAUGGAGGCCCUAGAGAAUUCAAAACUUCGUCGGCGGAGUUUAUACAAACGGAGGGCCUCACUACGGCGGCCAGAGCCCCCACAGGUGUCGGUCUGGCGUAGCUGUCUCCCCUGCACCGCCCCCCCCGGCUACAGCGGAAUCCCCUUACUGGUGCGGCAGAGAAGCAACGGGGCAGGCGGGGCUAUGGUCGGGGCAUCACGGGGCCGUCGGAACAGCACAGUAGGAGGCCCCAGACGACAGCUCUCCCGACGCGUCUCUCGGAGGGAGUCACGUAGAGGCUCCAAGAGUCGCCGACGGAGCUCUGUCCAUCCGCCUGUCCACAUACCGAACAAGGAUGGAGAACCGAGCGAAGAUGACAAGGAAGAGAAACCCAAGAACCCCAUCAGGAGACUGUCUCGGAUGCUCUCCAACGCUGGUCCGGCCCUCGUCAGACGCGUCUCCAAGCUCAGGAGAAAAAGCCUUGCACUGGUUGAAGGAGGUAAGAUUUGGCAACCAAUAUGA